UCCGCGCCUUAGUGACCAUGAGACUGAAGCUCAAGCCCAGAGCCCGCCAGCAGCGUUGCUGCGUAGAAAUGGCAGAAUCCAACACGAGCCGCCAGCCUUACAAUAACUAGCGCUAGAAAAAUCUCUACAAGAUCAUAUACCCAGCAAACCACCCACUAGCUCACGUUACCUCGACUCACGUACCGUGCCGCUGCAAGAGUAAAAAGAUCUGGGCAUGCGCAGUCUCUGUUUAUAUAACUUCGCUGGACACGCCUAUCCUCGCGUCAUCACUAUGCGCCGCUUCCAUUGAAAACGAUAUAAAAUGUCAUUUGAUUAUUUCCUGUACAAAGGGGUCAAGUUUUCCCCAGGCUCAUACUCACAAGAAUUGCUUCAAUACGUAGAGAAUGAAUUCCAAGUGCUGGAUGAUGAUGUUUACAUUGUGACCUAUCCCAAAUCUGGAACACAUUGGCUGAUAGAGAUUCUGAGUCUUAUCAACCGAGAUGCGGACCCGACCUGGUGCAACAGUGUGCUAAUUUGGCUGAGAUCUCCUUGGAUUGAAACUAAAGAAGGCCAACUGCAAUUAAAGGACCUUUCCAGCCCAAGGGUUCUUACGUCUCACCUACCAUUCCAUAUUUUUCCAAAGGCAUUCUUUACAUCUAAAGCCAAGAUCAUUUAUGUAAUGAGGAACCCCAAGGAUAUCUUCGUGUCACUUUUUUACUUUGCAAAGAUAAUCUGUCACUACAAAGACCCUGAAAGUUUUGAGCAAUACUUAGAAGACUUUUUGCAAGGGAACAUUCUUUAUAACUCUUGGUUUGAGCACGUCAGAGGGUGGAUGCAAAUGAAAGACAACAGCAACUUCUUUAUAAUUACUUAUGAGGAACUCCACCAGGAUCUGCGAGGCUGCAUCUUAAGAAUCUGUAAAUUCCUUGGGAAAGAACUAGGUGAUAGCAAAAUCGAUACAAUUGUAAAACACUCGUCUUUUGAAGCCAUGAAAGAAAACAAGAUGUCCAACUACAGUCUUGGCACAGAAGAAUAUAUUGAUCACACAAAAGGCACCUUUAUGCGGAAAGGGACCGCUGGGGACUGGAAGAAUCAUUUCACCGUGGCCCAAAGCGAACACUUCGAUAGAGUUUAUCAGGAGAAGAUGAAGGAUCUGAACAUGAAAUUCUUCUGGGAAGGAAAAUAAGUGUUUCCUUUUUUUUUUUUUUAGAUAUUAAAUAAAAUCUAUUUAAAUUGGUGUGCCUUA